ACGAUAGCUCAUAUCAUCUUCACGAUUCGACGACUUGCAGACUUGAUAACACUAGAUCCCCUCUUUAGACUCAUAGAGACGCUCAAAAUGGCUUCCGCGGCAGACAAGGACCCCUUCUACCUCCGGUACUACACCGGUCAUCAGGGUAUGCACGGACAUGAAUUCUUGGAGUUUGAAUACUCUCAAGGACGACUUCGAUAUGCCAACAACUCGAACUACCGAAAUGAUUCGUUGAUUCGUAAAGAGAUGUUCGUCGGACCCCUCGUCGUAGAAGAGUUCAAGCGGAUCAUCCGGGAUAGCGAAGUGACCAAGGAAGAUGACUCUGCCUGGCCAAAGAAGAACAUUGUCGGAAAGCAAGAGUUGGAAGUGAGGAUUGACAACGAACACAUUUCGUUCGAGACGGCCAAGAUCGGUUCGCUUGCGGAUGUGCAAGAUUCGCAAGACCCUGAUGGUCUGAGGGUGUUCUACUACUUGGUACAGGAUCUCAAGUGCUUCAUCUUUUCGUUGAUUUCGCUGCACUUCAAGAUCAAGCCCAUUCAAUAAACGAUCCAGAUCAGGAUGAAAAGCAGGGCGUAUGGCGAUACCCCUCGUCCCCUGCAUUCGGUUUCUCUUCCUCCCGUUUGUAUACCGUCUGCUCUAUGUCUGGCUGGACGAUGAUAAUCCAGUAGCAUGUACUAAAAUGGCAGUGCAUCGAGAUUCGAACUUGCGCCUGCUGAUUCCCGAACAAUGCUAGACCUGGGGCGUGAUCACGAUGUCCCGGGACAAAGCAUGUCACGAAGCGCUCCCCUGUGACAUCAUUUUGUCGGGGUUCAAGAACGGA